AUAAAACGCAUGUCGUUUAAAGUCGCGGAUUUAUCCUCUGCUUCCCUUCUUGCAACACAACUCAAAUCAUCAAUCGAAGGCAUUAGUGAGAAACAAAGCAAAGAUACAUACAGAAAGAUGGUGGCGCUCAAAGACAUAGUGCCAGCAGCACAGAACAACAUAAACACAAGGUUCAUACUUUUGGACAAAGCCUCUAUGAACACAUCCUCAUCACAAGGCCAAAACAAGACAUGCCUAGCACUGGUGGCCGACGAGACGGCGGCGGUCCACUUUCAGCUGUGGGGGGAGGAGUGCGAUGCAUUCGAGCCCGGUGACAUCAUACACUUGAGCAAUGGGAUCUUCUCUUACAGCAGGAACAGUCUUCUGCUGAGGGCAGGCAAGAGAGGCAAAAUAGAGAAGGUUGGAGAGUUCACCAUGGCAUAUGUGGAGACACCAAACAUGAGUGAGAUUCGUUGGGUUCCUGACCCCAACAGCUCUCUCAAGUACAUACAGGAGGCUGUAAUUUCUCCACAUUCACGUAUAUUUCCACCCAAAUACUAAUAUCAUCAUCAAGCUCUUAUUCUUGCAAUUUCAA